AUUUUUCUUUAGUAGCGCGGGAACCCGCGAGGCGAGAGGUCGUGUGCGAGGUUACGGCCGAUUUUUUUAAAACUUUUAUUUCAAUUUGACGCGAGUUGGGAAGUUUGGUGUUGUUUAUUAAUUUAUUAUUAUUAAUAUAGUGAUGGUGUUGUUGUGUAUGUCCGUGCUAGUGUUGUCAUGAUCCCGUGGCUUGGAUAAUGGUACCCGGGACUGCUAACCGCGCUACAACUGAGGCAGCGUGCUGGCGGUGACGACAGCGGCCGGACAAGAUGGCGGCGAGUGACGUCAUCGCGCAAGAUGGCGCCCACGGACACGCCAAGCUGCAUCCCUACCUCGUCACACUAGUACGCUGGUGUGUGUCGUGUGUGUGGAGCUCGGCCAGCGUACUGCUGCACCGGCUGCUCACCGCGCCGCUGCCGCAGCUGCCCGGCAUCGGGCCCCAGCCCGCCAGCGGGCCCCCGCCCGCCGCCGGGCCCCCGCCCGCCGCCGGGCCCCGCGCGCGCCGCGCCGGCACCGAGCACCUGCACCCCGAGCCGCGCGUGGAGUGCGUGGAGCUGCACGCGCCGCCUGCGCACGCGCACACGCUCGACGUCAUCUUCGUGCACGGACUAUACGGGUCGCUGGGCAACACGUGGCGGCAGGGCGAGUGGCGCACCAAGUACAAGCUGGACCCCACGCGGGUCCCGCUGCGCACGCACGAGGCGGCCCCGUGCGCGUGCACGCACAGCGCGGCCGGCGCGCACAGCUCGCAGCUGGCCGCGUACGAGAGCAAGCUGCACGAGCUGUACAAGGAGGCGAUGCGCGGCGACCACUACGAGGCGCAGGCCAAGUUCGUCACGCAGCUGUACCACAGCGACUGUCAGCCCGAGGGGGGCGCCCCCGCCGCGCCCAGCGAGUGCCGGUGCGCGGGGGGCGCGGGGGCGCGGCGCUGCCAGGCGGGCUGCGGCUGCGUGUGCGACGCGUGCUACUCGGCGUGCUGGCCGCGCGACUGGAUCAAGGAGGACUUCCCGGGGGCGCGCGUCAUCUCCGUCAACUACACCAGCGACCCCUACCUGUGGCGCCCCCUCUGGGUCAAGGGCCACAAGAGGCUGCGGCUGCACGAGCGCGCGCAGCAGAUGUCUGCGCAGCUGGUGGCGCUGGGCGUGGGGCGGCGCCCCGUCGUGUGGGUCGGACACUCCAAGGGGGGGCUCUUCAUCAAGCAGAUCUACUGCGACGCGUACGAAGCGUACCUGAGGGUGAGCGGAGCACAGGAGGCGGAGCGCGACAUCGCCAACAACAACACGGGGCCCGAGCCGUGCUGCCGGCACCCCGGGUCCCUGCUCGACACCUACCGGCGGGGCCCGGCCGCGGGGGCCCGGCGGGGCCCGCGCGACACGCUGCGCAGCGUCAGCCACAUGACGGCGCUGCGACACAACCACAACUCGGGGGACCUCGACGUAGUCGGUGUACCGGGUGCCACACACCCACUCGACGACAACUGCAACCCGCCGCCCGCCGUCGACAGCUCGCAGUGCGGCGACCUCACUGCGGGGGGCGCGGGGGGAGAGGGGGGCGAGAGGGGAGAGCUGUGCGGGGAGAGCACUGAGGACCUGGCUUCUAGUGAUGAAGCAGUGGUGGCGCGUCUGUGGUCGAUGUCGAGCGCGUUCAUGUUCUACUCGGUGCCGCACCGCGGGUCCUCGCUGGCCGACAUCAAGGCGCCGCUGACGGCGCGCAGCGUGGAGCUGCAGGAGAUCGCGGCCGACUGCAGCCUGCUGCGGGCGCUGCAGGCGCGCUGGCUGCGGGCCACCGCCCCCGCCCCCGGCCCCGGCCACCGGCCCCCGCCCCGGGUCCACAGCCUCGUGGAGACGUGCCGCACGCUCAUGUCCGUGCUGUGGCUGCGCAUCGUCAGCGCGGAGUCGGCGGACGCGGGCGUGGGCUCGCUGCUGGGCGUGGGCGUGGACCACCGCGAGAUCUGCAAGCCCAGCAGCCGCGCCUGCCCGCUCUACACCGAGCUCGCGCAGCUCAUCCGCGCCGCGCUGCACAACUGCCACUGUCGCUAGUACACUGUCGCUAGUACACCCACUACCAUGUACUACACACUGCUAUACACAGGGAGACUACACUGCUGUUUUCUAAUUAUUGUCGGUCAGUAAUCAUCACCAACAAUUGGGCCUCACUCUCACUCACUCCAUACAAAAUAUAGUUAGGUAUACUACAUUCUACCUCAAAUAUUUAAAUCUAGCGACAAUUAAAUGAUUGAAACUGACCGACAUGACACCAUGUCUUAUUCACGGAGUUUAGACUAAAUAUGUUGUUAGAAACAUUUCAUUUAAAUGUAAAACAAUAGUGUCUCUCUCUGUGUGCCAUGUGUGUAGUGGUGGGACACGUGCCGCUAGUGUUGUGUCGCUGUGUCGGCCAUAGACAGGUCGAGUGACACUCGUCGCUUGUAAAGUGACAGUAGGUGUUGUCUAUGGAUGAGUGACUCUCGCUGAGUUAGCGGACAUUUUUAAUUAAAUAUUUGAAUUAUGUGACUGUGAUGUGUACACCGGUGUGUGCCUACUGUAUUAUACGAAACGAAAUUUCGUUAUAAAACUUUCUAUAUUUUCGACAACAAACGAAGAAUUCGAAUUAACAGACAAAGUUACGCUUAAUGAAACAAUUAAGUGUAGUCUUUGUCACAGAUUGUAUUCGUUUGAUAAUGAAAUUACGAUUCUAUGAGUAUAGUAGGCCAGUAGUGCCCUUUGUACCAACCUCUCCUAAGUUUUAAGAAACCCCUAAGCUGAGAUAGGUGUGCACCAUCCUGUAGGUAUGUGACAACUAAUAAUACAAGUAAGGGGUUAGUUUGAGUGGUGUAGCGUACCUUGGCGGGCCCCGUAUAAAUUUUUUGGGGCUUUUAUUUUGAGGGGGGAAAAUCAUCCAAUGACUUUUCCCGCCCUGUCUUUCAAGCCUCAAAGAGGGGUCUUACCGAUGCUAUAACAGUGAGCCUAUGUUUGGGGCCCUUACAAUAACAUUAAUUUCAAGUUGCUACCAACUUUUGAACGCAUGCUUUACGCAGAAAAAAGGAAUUGAUUAUUUGGACUUUUAUAAUUUCUGAAAUGAAAUUAAAAUUUAUUGAUACGACAGUUACUGACGCUAGCUACGCCUCUGAUACUAAACAACUUUUAGCUAAGAGCUGGUUUAGGCGAGGUUGGUGUAGAAGGGCCAUAAAGAAUGAUUCCAUAUAGUGUGGCAUUUACCGACCGUUACCUACUCGCGCUAGUAAUACAUAAUUAGUUAAUUAUUUUGUUAUAUUCUAUUGUGAUCGCUCUACUUGAAGAGUAGAGCUGCUAGACGCUAAGUAUACUGUGUAGUGUAGUGUACAGGCAGGAAUACAUUCGCGGGACGUGGCGACAGUAUCUGUUUGUCCAAUCAGUGCAGCUGUCAAAGAUGAAUGACCAAUGGUGUGACACUAACUAAUUCCCUAUUGGACGAAAAUAUGAUCGGUUGACACUAGCUCCAUCUAGUGAGCAGAAAAUGUAAGCACGACCCGGCGAUGUCUUCCUGCCUCAAAUAAUGUUAUUGUAUGCGCCGGCGCAUGAGAUGCGGCGGCGCGAUGUUAUGUUUAUUGUAUCAAUAAAUAAGUGAACAAGUGCCA